CUUCACGCCUAUCCGUGUGACGCAUGCAUUCCCCCGGGGCAUAAGACACCCGCAUCCCCCGGGUCCCGUGCCUUGCUCUUUCGCCAUCCUCAUCCUCCUCCCCAUCCUCUAUCCUCUCCCAUCUCCAUCUGCCUCUCCUCGAAUAUCAAGAAGGUCAUCUCGUCGCUUAUUUCCAUUCUCAUUUUUUGUUGAAAGUCGCCGGUUUCUCGACUUCGUCCUUCUUUAUUCAAUUUCACAAUGAGAGGUCUCGUCGCUCUCUCCGUCGCCGCCUGCGCUGCGGCGGCACCCACCGUCAGCUUCGAUACCAUCCACGGCGAAGCCGCCCCCAUUCUUUCCUCAUCAAACGCCGAGGUCGUCCCGAACUCGUACAUCAUCAAGUUCAAGAAGCAUGUGGACGAGAGCUCAGCCUCGGCCCACCAGAGCUGGCUCCAGGAGGUGCAUACCUUCCGCGAGACGGAGCGGGCUGAUCUGAAGAAGCGCGGCCAGAUGCCCCUGGCCGACGAUGUCUUCCGUGGGCUGAAGCACACGUACAAGAUCGGCAAGGGCUUCCUCGGCUAUUCGGGCCAUUUCGAUGAGGAAGUCAUCGAGCAGGUCAGGAGGCACCCCGACGUCGAGUACAUCGAGCGUGACAGCAUCGUCCGUACCAUGAGCGUAACGCAGGACACGUGCGACGGCGAGCUUGAGAAGGCCGCUCCGUGGGGUCUGGCCCGUAUCUCGCACCGGGAUACCCUGGGCUUCUCGACCUUCAACAAGUACCUCUACGCUGCUGAGGGUGGUGAGGGCGUUGAUGCCUACGUCAUCGACACGGGCACCAACAUUGAGCACGUCGACUUCGAGGGUCGCGCGAACUGGGGCAAGACGAUCCCCUCUGGUGAUGCCGACAUUGACGGCAACGGCCACGGCACCCACUGCUCCGGCACCAUCGCCGGCAAGAAGUACGGUGUUGCCAAGAAGGCGAGUGUCUACGCCGUCAAGGUGUUGCGCUCCAACGGCUCCGGCAGCAUGUCCGACGUCGUUGCCGGCGUCGAGUGGGCUGCCAAGGAACAUAUCCAACGGACCAAGGAGGCCAAGGACGGCAAGCGCAAGGGCUUCAAGGGGUCCGUCGCCAACAUGUCCCUCGGUGGCGGCAAGACCAAGACCCUCGAUGACACGGUGAACGCCGCCGUCUCGGUCGGUAUCCACUUCGCGGUUGCUGCCGGCAACGACAACGCCGAUGCCUGCAACUACUCCCCCGCUGCUGCCGCCAAGGCCGUCACCGUUGGUGCUUCCGCUAUUGACGACUCCCGUGCCUACUUCUCCAACUACGGCAAGUGCACUGACAUCUUCGCCCCGGGCCUGAGCAUCCUGUCCACCUGGAUCGGCAGCAAGCAUGCCACCAACACCAUCUCGGGUACCUCGAUGGCCUCGCCCCACAUCGCCGGUCUGCUGGCCUACUACCUGUCGCUCCAGCCCGCCGGUGACUCGGACUACGCGCUUGCUACCAUUACUCCCGAGAAGAUGAAGAACAACCUUCUCAAGAUCGCCACCCAGGAUGCUCUGUCCGACAUGCCCAAGGACACUCCCAACCUGCUCGCCUGGAACGGCGGUGGCUGCAACAACUACUCGGACAUCAUCAACGCCGGCGGCUACAAGGCGGACCGCAAGACCACGACCGACAAGAUCGACCUUGGCACUUCGGUCUCGCAGCUCGAGAAGCUCAUUGAGCACGACUUCGAGGUUGUCUCUGGCAAGGUUGUCAAGGGCGUCUCGUCGGUUGCCGACAAGGCUGAGGAGUUAUCCAAGAAGAUCCACGAGCUUGUCGACGAGGAGCUGAAGGAGUUCCUCGAGGAGAUCACUGCUUAAGUUGGAGCCGUGGCGUCAGCGUUCUGAGCGUUAUGAGCGUGCAGCCUCAGUUUCAUGUUUGGUAUGGGCCGGUUCUUGCUUUUCCAGUUUGGUUUUUUGGUAUUUUGGGAGGAGCAUACAUGCACCCGGAGGAGUUUCUUGUACUGUACGGAUAACAUGGGAUUGGGAUGCACAUUCGAGGGUAGCCGUAUUCGCAUUAUGAAUCACAUAACUCUCAUCAA